AUGGCGUCAAAGAGCGGCUGGACCGAGUCUACAGAUAACCUCGCCAAUGUGCAGAGGGUCGAGUCCCCGAACGCCCUGGUGGUGGGAUCGACGCAGCUGUUCGAGGGAGGAGUUAUUCGAUAUGUACCGAUGCCCACGCCGGAUCCAAAAGAUCCCCUAAAUUUGCCGAAUUGGAGAAAAUGGACGUCCAUUGGCGCUCUCUGCUUCUUCGGUUCUCUCGCCCUCGCGGCUGAGUUCAUUGUUGGUGCUCUGGUACCCGUAUUUGUAUUGGAGUACUCCGGCAUCGACCCCCACAUUCUCAGCCAGAUCGACAUCGGCGCCUUGAACAAGCCCGGUGAAGUCAACCUCGACCCCGUCAAGCUGCUUGCUGGCCUUGGCGGCCCGCCACUGUACCAAGUCGCCUUGUUGGCCUCUGUUCCCUUGCUCGUUAACGGACUUAGUUCCUACUUGCUCGUGCCUCUCUCAGUCGCCGUUGGCCGUCGCCCUGUGCUUCUGCUCUCUGGUUUCCUCGCAUGGACCGGCGGUCUUUGGGCCGGCUUCUCUCAGGGACUCGGGAGCCAUUUGGCUGCCCGUUGCUUCCAGGGAUUCGGAGCGGGUGCCGUUGAGGCUUUGAUCCCCCUGAUUAUCCAGGACAUGAUGUUCAUUCACCAGCGCAACAAGGCCAUCGCCUCUGUCGGUGCUUCUCAAGGUCUCCUGAUUGUGAGCUUGGGUAUUAUGAGCCCCAUCAUUGUCUCUCGUCUCUCUUGGCGCUUCAUCUACUGGAUCACUUCCGGCGUCGGUGUGCUCGCCUGGGUUGGUCUGAUUUUGCUCGUGCCCGAAACCCGUUGGAUCCGCAGCGACGAUGAGCUUGCUGGCAAGGAGGUCUACCCCCUGCGCCCUGGCGAAACCCGCCCUCGUGUUGACGAGUCGACAUUCCGCCCACGCUCCAAUUGGGAAGAAUUUGGUGUUUUCAACUAUGGCUACGAGUGGAAGGAGGCCAAGCAGUCCAUCAUUGACAUGUUCAAGACGACCUUGUUCCCCAAUAUUAUUUGGGUCAUCAUCAUCAACUCCAUCCUCGUCUCCAUGCAGGGUGCCGCAGGUCAGGUCGGUUCGUCACUCCUGAUUGCCGCAGGCUGGAAGUUCGAGACGCUCGGCUUCGCCGUCAUCCCCAUUGUCAUCGCCAGUCCGUUCGUCUGGUUCUUCGGUGGUUAUGUGGCCGACAAGAUUUCCAACUACGUCGCCAAGCGCAACGGAGGCCGACGUGAGCCCGAGGCCCAUCUCCUCAGCUUGAUUUUCCCGCUUCUCGCUUCCAUCGUCGGUCCGAUCUUGUUUGGUUACGCCGGUGAGAAUAUUCGAACUCUGCCGUCGAUUGUCGUACUUGUCGCCAUCUUUUUGAUCGGCUUCGGUCUGCUGACCGCCAACACCAUCUUCGCCGUCUACUUGGUUGAGAGCUACCCCCGUUUCGCAGGACCCGUGUUGGUUAACGUGUCUUCAUCUCGUCUCAUCAUCGGCUUCAUCAUGUCAUUUAAUGUCACCACUUGGAUUGAGCAGCUUGGAUUCUUGAAGAAUUUUGGCAUUUACAGCGCCGCCCUCGCGGGUGUUUCGAUGCUGUUGCCCGUCAUGUACAAGUAUGGCAAGCCGAUGCGUGCCUGGACCGCUGGCCGCCUCGAGCCUAGCGUCAUCCCGGCGAAGACGCUCGAAGACGACGACCAGUACUGGAACAACGAGCGGCCACAGUGGCAGGAUGAGAAGAUGGGUACCCCCAUUGGCAUCGCCCGGCCGAUGUAA